CCUGUGCAAAUUAGAUAGUCUUAACUUUAUCAUGCAGGAUGGUGACUUUGUGGCUUCUGUAGUACGCAGACUAUUGUUGAAUUUUAUCGAUAGAUCGAGCGUAUGUUACACUGGAUCGGUCAUACCUGUGCAAUGCCUGAGGCCGAACAUGUUGAUUCUGAAUUGUGCCUUAAACAAGCCUCUUGUUUUUAUGACAAUCCUCACUCCAAGGCAUUAAACAAUGCCAGUGAUUGUAAAUUUAAUCGUGCUGAUAUUGAGGGCAAUGCACACAGAGAGUCUCUAGUGAGAUUGCCUUUUGCAUCCUUCUGCCCGCCCAUUCUGGAAACACUUUAUAAUGUUUCAAAAAGGACGCCCGAUCAGAUCUAUAUGCUAUUAAUUAUUCUUCUCAUUCUAAGCCAGGAUUCUUCAUAUGCCAGCAUUCAUAAACUGAUACUUCCUAGUGUGCCAUGGUAUGAGGAACGCUUAGUGCAUCAUACAUCUCUUGGAUCUUUGAUGGUUUUAGUUCUCAUUGGAACUGUGUAUAAUCUUUCCAAGCUAAGGGAUGUCUAUCUUCAUACAAACUGUAUGGCCAUAUUGGUCAAUAUGACACCUCAUGCACUCAGAUUAUCAUCAUAUGCAUCUCAGAGUCUCGUUAGCCUUUUUGACAUACUUGCACGAAAUGAAACUGUUAUAGAGCCUUUGAUUUCCUAUAAUAUUCAUAGUACUCAAAAUUAGCUGAAAAAAAGAAUGAUAAAUGUCUCAAUGCUUCUAUCGACCAAGCCGGAGGAGGAAUGAUAGCUGAGGAUAUGGUAAAUUUGUCUUAUUUUAAGUUAUUCUGUA